AUGAUAGUAUUCUUGGAAUCUGGUGGCCCCCUAGGCAACAGCCCAGACAUCAGGCCCUUUAACUUGGCCUCGUCUGUGUUUCUGACAUUCAGAUUCACCAGGAAAGGAUCUGAACAGGUCAAUAGAUCCCAUGCCACUGGAGAGAGCAAUUACCCCAUGCCCCACAGGCCCAGGAAGCUGAUGGACCGCUGGCAGGCACCUGGACCUGGUCCAACCAGCAGCCCCUGUGAGGGCAGUGUGGGUGGGACAGGCCUACCUAGCCUCAUGCUCCGCCAGCAGGCUCAGACUGUUGAGUGGGGAUGGAAUGGCCCUGGGCAUGUCCGGGGCCAGGCUAAGGGCAAUGAUCUGGGGACACAUGCAGCAUGGGCGCGUGGCUGCAGUUCCGGACGCAGAGCGGGGCUGCUAGCCAGCCAGUGUGGCUGCAGUUCCAGGAAGGCCCCCUCCGCCAGCUCGCCCACCGUCCUGACAGGGAAGCACAGGGCCUGCCUGUCGCCACAUCACCACACUCCGUGGCAUCCAGCACAGGCUAGAGGAGGGGACAGAGGUCUGAAAUGGCUCUUUGAUUUGGGAACACUUUUUGCAUCUGUGGAGCAGUUAGAGUGUUCACAGCAGACCCUGGAGUUCUGCCAAAAGAGUGACUUUCAGCUCCUGGAGAAUCUGAAAAAAGACCAGCAUAACAGAGUGGAAGCUCUAGUACUCUUCCCCCAUUUCUUCUAUGGAAAGUCAGCUCUUGUGUCCACAAAACCAAACAGGAGAGAUGCACACUGCGGCUGCCUCAGCACACCCCCGUCCAGGGUUCUCAUGCUCUGUGGUGUUCUCACUUCUAGUCCAAGAGGCUCAGAAGCAAAGCUGGAGGUGGGCCGUGAAGAACAGUGGAACCAUGCUGACCUCGUGCACCGUGGAGAAGCUGACUCUGCAUCUACAAAUCCCAUCCUUGGCACAGACGAGGAAGAAGAGGGUCCCCAGAUUUGCCGUGUAUGUGGGGAUAAGGCCACUGGUUAUCACUUCAAUGUCAUGACAUGUGAAGGAUGCAAGGGCUUUUUCAGAAGGGCCAUGAAACGCAAUGCCCGGCCCCGGUGCCCCUUCCGGAAGGGCACCUGUGAGAUCACCCGGAAGACCCGGCGUCAAUGCCAGGCCUGCCGCCUUCGCAAGUGCCUGGAGAGCGGCAUGAGGAAAGAGAUGAUCAUGUCCGAUGCAGCUGUGGAGCAGAGACGGGCCUUGAUCAGGAGGAAGAAGAGAGAACGGACGGAAACUCAGCCCCCUGGAGCCAAGGGUCUGACUGAAGAGCAGCUAAUGAUGAUCCGGGAGCUGACGACUGCCCAGAUGAACACCUUUGACAGCACCUUCAUUCAUUUCAAGAAUUUCCGGCUGCCAGAUGUGCUCAGUAGUGGCCGCCAGAAUCCAGAGCCUCUGCAGAUUCAGUCCAAGGAAGAAGCCGCCAAGUGGAGAAAGAUCAGGGAAGAGCUAUGUUCAGUGAAGCUCUCCUUGCAGCUGCGGGGGGAGGACGGCAGCGUCUGGAACUACAAGCCCCCAGCCGACAAUGGCGGGAAAGAGAUCUUCUCCCUGUUGCCCCACAUCGCUGACGUGUCCACCUACAUGUUCAAAGGCAUCAUCAACUUUGCCAAGGUCAUCUCCUGUUUCAGGGACCUGCCCAUAGAGGACCAGAUCUCCCUGCUGAAGGGGGCCGCCUUUGAGUUGUGCCAGCUGAGAUUCAACACGGUGUUCAAUGCAGAGACCAGGACCUGGGAGUGCGGUCGGCUGUCCUACUGCUUGGAAGACCCUGCAGGUGGCUUCCAGCAGCUUCUCCUGGAGCCUGUGUUGAAAUUCCACUAUAUGCUGAAGAAGCUGCAGCUGCAUAAGGAGGAGUACGUGCUUAUGCAGGCCAUCUCCCUUUUCUCUCCAGACCGCCCAGGUGUGGUGCAGCGCCUCGUGGUAGACCAGCUGCAGGAACAGUUCGCCAUGACCCUGAAGGCCUACAUCGAGUUCAACCGGCCCCAGCCCGCCCACAGGUUCUUGUUCCUGAAGAUCAUGGCCAUACUCACCGAGCUCCGCAGCAUCAGCGCCGAGCACACCCAGCAGCUACUGCGCAUCCAUGACGUUCACCCCUUCGCCACCCCACUCAUGCAGGAGCUCUUCAGCACCACAAAUGGCUGA